CGGCCCCAAGAGGCCCCCAAUAGGCUGCCAAGAGGGUUCCAGGAGGCCCACUGUAGCCAUUUUGCCUCACGGCAUCUUUGCGCAAUGGCUCCGGCACAAACAGCGGCCUGCCGCUCGGUUUUGCAGCUUUCCUUCCCGCCGAGCUCGCGGCACCCACGUCCGCGAUGCCGACCAUCAAGCUCACCUACUUCAACAUCGAGGCCGCGGCCGAGAAGGCCCGCCUGGCCCUUGCGAUGACCGGGACGCCCUUCGAGGAUGCUCGCAUUACCUUCGAAGAGUGGGGCGCCCUCAAGCCGACCACGCCCUAUGGUCAGCUUCCGAUCAUGGAGGUCACCGAGGACGAUGGCUCCAAGAAGGUCUUCGCCCAGAGCGUAGCCAUGAUGCGGUAUGUCGCCCGCAGGUUCGACAAGGCAGGAACCCUCUACCCGACCGAUGCCGAUGCUUCCCUCGAGAUCGAGGAAAUCCUCGGCUUGUCUGAUGACAUGGCCCGUGACUGGACUCCCGCGCUCUACAUGGGCAUGGGUCGCCACAUGAAGUUUGGCCAUCCAGAGGACUUUCCGGCAAAGGCCGACACCGUCAAGGCUAUGCGCGAGCGAUUCAUCGCCGAGGACCUGCCAAAGUGGAUGGGAUUCUUGUCAGCCAAGCUCGACAAGACAGGGGCAUUCCUUGCUGGCCCAAACGUGACUAUCGCCGACCUCCAGGUCCUGGCACAGCUGCGCUACUUUACCAAGGGGGUUGCAGAUCACGUGCCGAAGGAUUGCCUCGAGGCUUUUCCGAAGAUCACCGCUUGGAUGGCGAAGAUGUACGAGGUGCCCGAGAUUAAGAAGUGGUACGGCCUCUGACCUGGGAGAUCUGUAUAGCUUCAAGCGAUCGUUUUAGAGUUCGCUGCUUUGUACUUCUGGCUUGGGCCAGAGUUUCAGCACUUGGGGCGCAUUGCGACCCUUUUUGGCAACCACGCUUUCCACUCUUCCUCCUCAUAGUCGUUGUCCUCCUUCCUCGCCUUCUCCUUCUCCUCCUCCUCCUCCUCUUCUUCCUCUUCCACUUGCGCUUCUCAGCUGGCAUUUCCCGCUAACUUGGCGCACCGAUUCCGUGUCAGAGGUGCAGCUGCGGGCUUGCCCCGUGGCCCCCGUGGCCCCAGGCGUGCAGCUCCGAGGUGCCCUCGCCGGGGGUCAGGACGAGGCGUGCCGCCCAGCAGGGGCUGCAGCCGAGAGCGAGGGUGCACGGGGUUGCCGGCGUUCCGGACUAAACACUCACGGUCAGGCAGCUCCCGCCAUGCUCGCCCGCGCAGCUUGGGCGUCAAGCCUCCAGCAAGACAACCAGUCGCGCCCAGGACGUCCACUGUGGUACUCGGUCCACUUGCGGCUCGAGUGCGCAGGAAGUGCAGCUCCAAGCGGAGUGCUGUGCGGCGUGCGCUUUUUCUGGUUCCCGUGCACCCAUUAUACCCUUGCAAGCCUCGGGGGCGAUCAGUGGCGGAAAAAAA